AAUGACAAAGAAAAAUAUUUCUGUUAUGGUUUUAAAUAGGUGGAAAGCCUUUAAGAGAAAUGUAUUUAACUAUUUUUAGUUGGAAGAGGAAUAUAUGUAAGUUUUCAUGUUUUAUCAUGAAAUUCAAUGUAGAUUAAUGUAGUAGGCGGCAACCGAAAGUACGGGAUGUGACGCAAUAGGACCUCCCCUGCCUAGUGUGCUUGGGCAUAGACGAAGCUAAUGAGGUGAUUAAGGAAACAUAUAUAAAUCAAUGUAACGACGCAAUAAACACCAUUUUGCUGCUCAUCAUGCUGAUGUGUAAAUGCGACGAGGUGGCUGGGGACAGAAAGUAGUCCUUGCGGGCAGGGUGACAAGUUAUGAACAGAAUAUCAGAUGUGGUGAUCACCACAUUUGGUGCCCUCUCUGAGGCACGUGAGGAACUUGUCGUGCCCUUGCUCUGGUGCUGGCUGGCGCCCAACCCACGGCAACACGGAUCCGUUCGUGGAAGGCGGGGAUCACAUUACGUUGCUGCAGCAACACAGUACCCGCGGUUCAGAAGGAUUUCGUCGCGGAAGGCUGGACCGGCUUGCCACACCCCCACUCCCUGACUCCAGCCAUGGAACAAGUUGUUAAGGUACUGCUUCAGUUUUGUAAGGACUAUUGUGGUAAAUCGGCUCCUUCUAAGAAGGAGAUAGCCGCCGUGCUAACGCGGCUAGAGAAGGAAGGCUGCUUGCCUACUCCUGAGUCAAUCUUGGACCACGAGUUAUGGGAUUCUUUUACCAUGACUCUUGCCCAACGGGCAAUGACUCUGAACAAGUCGUCUGACUUGAGAUAUUGGGGGCUGAUUAAGGAAGCUCUGAAAGCGGCCAGAGAAGAUAAGCAAUCGUUGUAUACCGCACGCAAAUUGCUCGGGCUGCAUGGGGACCCGGGGGGAGGUCAGAGCCUGGGGGGUACCAGGGUGGUGGCGCGGGGAGCUUGUGCUUCCUUGGUAGAUCACCUGGCAGCACCGACCCCACUCAGAACGACCGUUGGAGAUUUCGAAAACAAAGAACGGCCGACUCACCCUGCAUUGCACAGCUCAUCACUAUCGGCCUUGGAUGACGCUCCGCCUCUGUAUCCACGACCAUCACUGUAUCCUGCUUUACCAGACAGCGGGGGGUUGGGAGAUUGUGCGAGCUCUCUGACACAGAGAGAUAACAUGGAGGGUAAAGGGGGGAUGGAUAAAGGGAAAGGGUUGGCCCUGCCCCCUCCUCCUCAGUCACCGGACACCGCACCAUUAGCCCCGCCCAGCUCGUUCACUGAUUGGUCAAAGAUAAAAGAGGGCGUUGAGGAAUGUGGAUUACCCGUGGGGGCGUACCCUAUUCUAGCAGGGGAGGGGGGCCCCAUGUGGGUGCCAUUAGAUCAGAAAGGCACCACACGCUUCAUAGAAGCAAUAGAGAAAAAAGGGUUGAAAUCACCUUUUACUCUAACCGCGCUGGAAGCGCUGACAGCCCACGGCCCCCUUCUUCCGCAUGAUAUAGUGAACCUAAUGCGGAUGGCGCUUAGGCCAGUUCAGUAUACACUCUGGGAGCAAGAACGGAAGGCUCAAUGCCGGCAAGUUGUUGCCCGGGUGGAGAGGGAUGAACGUCAUCCCCUUCGCCAGGGGGGCGGUACGGAUGUACCGAGACUAACAGGGUCUGCUGGUGGAAUGGCUACCCCCCAGGGUCAGGUCACCCUGCUGCGGCCAGGGGAGCUAUUGGCUACUACAGACGCGAUGCUUGAGGCGUUCAGGAGAUGCGCAUGUGAUGCUGAGCCUCCGGCCCCUUGGACAACAAUUGUACAGGAGCCUGCUGAAUCCUUUCAGCAAUUUGCCAACUGCUUAAUUCGAGCAGUAGAAGGAUCAGAGUUACCCCAAGCGGCCCGCGAUCCGGUUAUCGUGGAUUGCUUAAAACAGAGGUCCCACGAGGAUAUAAAGAUCAUACUUUGGUCAGCGCCUGAGGGGUUGCGCACGCCUGGGGACAUUAUUAAAUAUGUGCUAGAUAAACAAAAAGGGAUGCCUGUUACCGCGGAAAGUCUCGUGGCUGUGCUUCAGGAAGCAAUGUCGGUAGCAAGUCCUCCUAGAGUGACUCCCCAGCCUGAGGGGCCCAUCACGGGUCCCUGCUUUCAUUGUGGCGAACACAGGCAUAUGAAGAUGCAGUGUCCCGCUAGAAAGAAAGAGCCCGUUAUCUGUCAGUUCUGUGGAAAGCGAGGUCAUAAUGCCCAUCAGUACCGAGGCUUGAAGGCAUUGUUGCAGGGAAACAAGAAGGGGAGGGGCCUUCCGGCCCAGGGUCCCUCCCUACCAAACAUGGAUGGGCCUGGCACUUACACCUCCUGGCUUGAGGUAUUAGCUACGUUGCUGAGGAAGAUCCGCCGCUUCACAGUGCGGACGUUUUCUACUGAACCCGAUGUAAUCUAUUUACCAAAGGCGCUCGGAUUAAUGCAACCCUUACCUGAUCUGAUCAUUGAGGCACUACAGGGUUGGGGAGGGGAAAUGGAGUUUACAGAGUCAUUGCUGAUCUUUGAUCUGGCUGAGCCCCUUGAAAUAUCUAUGCAGACAGACUUUACUUGGGAACCGCGCCUGUCUCCGCGCGCUUGGCUCACAGUUAUAGUGGAUACCUCUUUCACCGUGAUCGUUGCCACACAGCACGCAAGAGCGAACUCAGUUGCAGCACAGGCACAUUGGGCUACUACAAUCACCGUCUUGGGUUUGCCUAGUCAAAUCAAAACAGACAAUGGAUCUUGUUUCAUCUCAUGGUCCACACAAGAAUGGCUGGCGUCAUGGGGAAUUGCUCACAAUACGGGUAUCCUGGGCAAUUCCCAGGGCCAAGCCAUUGUGGAACGGGCAAACCGCCUCCUCAAGGACAAGUUGCGCGUGCUUGGGGAGGGGGAGGGAUAUAGUGAAAAGAUACCGGUGAGCAGACAGGCAGAGAUCCUGGCAAAGGCUCUUUACACGUUAAACCACUUCGAGCGUGGGGACAGCAUGCGAAACCCCAUGCAAAAGCACUGGCAACCCAGAAUCUUAGUGGAAGGUCCACCUGUAAAAAUCAAAUCAGAUGCUGGAAUAUGGGAGUCAGGGUGGAGGAUUCUGGUUUGGGGAAGAGGUUACGUGGCCGUCAAACACUGGGAUUCGGGGAAAGUUCUCUGGUUACCAUCGCAUAAGUUAUUAGGAUCUCAGAGAGUGCCCAAUGAAACUUGGGAUGCAAAAGUAAGGGCAUGGUGGUCACCCGGAUGUUUGGGCUUUGCAAAAUUUAAUAAUAAUGGGUCACUUUCGAGUAACUUAGACCUCCUCACUCCACGAGGUCCCUAUUGGAAUGCAAGAGAGAAUCGAUCCGAGAUGUUCACCCUUGUCAAUCCACAAAACACAGAGCAGUUUACCUGGCAUGGACCAUACUGUGGUUUCUAUGCAAAUAUAUCCACAUUAAUGCAAAACGAAAGUUUUUGCAAACCUCCUGGGGUCUGGGUAUCACCAAACGUGACCUUUAACAUUAUGCGGCCAGAUGGCAGCCAGCAGGCGGUUCACUGCAAUCGCUAUGACCACAUCUAUACAGGUGGCUGCUGUGUUGGUCCUUGCAAGAAAGGACAGGGUUCAGAGAGGCGUAUUUGGAAUAACGAUACUGCAAAGGCGUUACCGCCAGGUAUGUUCCUGAUUUGCGGUGAUCGUGCAUGGCAAGGCAUCCCUAGGAAUGCAGUGGGAGGGCCCUGUUAUUUAGGCAAGUUGACCAUGCUAACAUUAAACCACACAGUUUGGAUGCAGUUUGUGAAGAAUUUAACACAUGAAAGACAGAAGCGUAGUGUACAUGCGCUUGACACGAAUUGCAGUGAUAAGGUCCAGCUAUGGGGUGCUACGGGUAUCUUUGCCUCUAUCCUAGCACCUGGCGUCGCUGCAGUGCAAGGAUUAAGAGAGAUAGAGCAACUGGCGUGUUGGUCAGCCAAGCAAACAAACGCCACUGAAAUAUUGAGUGAACUGCUCAUGGAUGUGGACAACAUCCGACAUGCGGUGCUACAGAACAGGGCUGCUAUAGAUUUCCUCCUGUUGGCUCAAGGUCACGGGUGUCAAGAAAUGGAAGGCAUGUGCUGCUUCAAUCUGUCUGACCACAGCGAGUCUAUUCACUGAAAAUUGGAGUGGAUGAAGGAACACACACAGAAGAUAACAACCACUACUGAUCCGUUUGGCGACUGGCUGAAGAAUUUGUUUGGUGGACUGGGACCAUGGGUUGUCCAGAUACUCAAGGUGAUUGGGGUAAUGCUUUUUGUAUUUGUUUGUAUUGCAUUUUGCUUGCCUUGCUUAAUGGGAUACCUACAGCAAUGUUUAUCUAGAAUGAUAGAACGGGCUUUUGAUCAACGCAUGGAAUAUCAUAGGUUGCGUGCACGCUUGCAGAAAGUUGUAGAGCAGUUAAAAACGUGCAUUUAUAUUAGGUGUGAAUGCUAGAGCUUUGAUAGCAGGUAAUUUAGUUAGAAAAUAGAUCAUAAGGGAUAUAGGGAAUUUGCGAUCGCACUGUAACAGGUUCAAGGCUUUUCCAGGCAUGGGGAGGGGGAAGUGUAGUAGGCGGCAACCAAAAGUACGGGAUGUGACGCGAUAGGACCUCCCCUGCCUAGUGUGCUUGGGCGUAGACGAAGCUAAUGAAGUGAUAAGGAAACAUAUAUAAAUCAAUGUAACGACGCAAUAAACGCCAUUUUGCUGCUCAUCAUGCUGAUGUGUAAAUGCAACGAGGUGGCCGGGGACAGAAAGUAGUCCUUGCGGGCAGGGUGACAAGUUAUGAACAGAAUAUCAGAUGUGGUGAUCACCACAGAUUAAUGUUAAACAAACAUUAGGAGAAAGACUCAUAGCUUUAAUCAAAAAUAUUUAAGAUUAUUAU